GACAGAGAAGGCAGAGGAGAAAGGGAAGAAGGAAGCGGCUGGGAAGAGGGGCGGAGGUCAAGGAAGAGGCGGCGAAGGAAGCGGCGGAGAGGAAGGAGGUGGAGAAGGAGGUGGAGGCAGCGGAGGAGGAGGAGAUGGUGGCAGAACGUGCAAACCGGGGUGGCACUCCCGAGCGAGUGCGCGAGCUGAAGGCGAUCAUCGCGCAAGCGUCGGCACGGCCGCGCCGAUGCUCCUCCCCCGAGGCGAGCACCUCGUCCGGCAGCGGCUCCUCCACCCCGACCGCCGCUCCCACCCCGCGCCUGCCCAAACCCCCCGAUUCGCCCCGCUGGGUCGCCGCCGCGGGUGACCCUCCCGUGGCUUCCGCCGCUCGCUCCGGGACGGUGUCGCCUGCGGCCGUCACGUCGCCCACGGGGGAACUUGCCUGCCGGCCGUCCGGGCCACUCUCGCGAUCCUCCCCGGCUCUGGACCACCGCCGCCGCCGCCGUCGCCAGAGCAGCAGCGGCAGCAGCCGCACCGUGAGUGUGAGGUCGCCCGCCGGGAUUGCGUCUCCCGGGCACGACGAGGAGGUGGACGAGGUGGCGGUGGUGACGGUGGAGGAGCAUCAGGAGGAGGUGGACGCCGCUCCGUCGGGAGCGCCAGGAGCAGGAGACUGCGCCCAAGAUGAGGAGCGGUCGACCUCCGACCCGACGGAUGUGAGCGACGACGUGUCACUCUCGGGCUCGGAGACCACGGGAAGCUCGCCGGGGCUCAGCCGGCUCUUUGUGUCGUCGUCAUCGUCAUUGUCGCUCGCGGUGCCGGGCGACGAUUCAGGCUCGGAGAGCGACGCCGGGAGCCGAGGCCUCGCGGCGCUCCUCUCCGGUCACUCGCCGGGCACCACCGCCACCGCCGCGGUCACCGCCAACGCCGUCGUCACCGUGAUGCCGCAACUGCAGGGGUCGGGGCCGCACGGCGAUGAGGAGGACGAGGAGGGGGAGGCGAGGAAGAGCGUCGGCGAAGGAGACGUGGCGGACGGAGGGGCCUGCCUGCCAGGGCGCGACGAUGGUGAGAAGGAGGAGGCGGAGGACAUGGAGGGGAAGAAAGAGGAAGAGGAUGGCGCACUUCACAGUCAUCGGAGCGGCGGAGCGAGCUCGGGUGGAGGGACCAGAAGAGACAGCGACUGGGAGAGCGACAGUCUACUCGGGGCCUACCGGAGGCUUCUGCGAUCCGGGUCUCUGAUAGGGGAACCGGUAGAGGAGGCGGCUGCAGCUGUGGCCACGGACGCGGCUUCUCACCGUGCGUACCGCGCCGGUGGUGACGACGGCGGCGGCAGAGGUGACGAUGAUGAUGAUGAAGGCGACGGGAAGAACAGCAGCCGCAGCAAGAGCUCGGCAGACGGUGGCACCUUCGAGAGGACUGUCGGGACGGCCGGCGUCGGCGCCACGCCGAGUGGACCCCGGUCGGAGGCCGCGAGCCGUGCGAGCGACGGCCGCAGAAGCGUCCGAAGCGUCCGAAGCGUCGUCGGAAGCGACUCGCUUGCGGCCCUCGAGGUCGAAGGGCCCAGCCGCGCCAGCGGGGAGUUGGACGCGGCGGAGGUCGAGCCAGAAGGGCAGACGAUGAGGAGCGGCGCGCCGGGCGUCGAUACCCCCACACCGAGUCGCGGAAGUGGCAACCUCCAGACGGAUGUCCCGGCCGAAGCGUCGGGUCGUUCGAGUGGUGCCGAUGGGACCGGCGGCAGCGUGGGGAAGACGACGAUAGAAAAGCCAGCGUCAGAUCUCCCGGACGACGGAGGCCCCGGUGAGCGCGACGACGGCGGCAGCGGCAGCGUCUCGCGGGACGGUGGAGUGGAGGGGACCGUCGGGAGGCCCACGCCAAGUGUACGCCGGUCGGGGGAAGCGAGCCGCAGAAGCAGCAGCACCAGGAGCAGGAACAGCACCAGGAGCAGGAAGAGCCUCGACGCUGACGUCCAGGCUGAGGGGCGCAGCCGCCGGGACCACGACGCCGGCGGUACGGGCGGCAGAGCGCCGGAUGCAGCCGAGCGCGACCCGAAGGAGAUGGGAAGUGGCGCUUCUCCCUCCCGGUCGGAGGCCGUAGAGGGCGGCGGAGGAGGCACGACGGCGGCCGGCGAGGCCUCGGGCUCGAGCAGACAGGGGUCGGCCACGGGCGGCCGCAUCCGGCGCUUCGAUAUCCUCGGCAGAGCCAGCGGCAGAGCGGGGACGCCCAGAGCAGUAGCGGGUGACGAGGUGCGUGAUGAGAAGGAGGAUAUCCCCAGGCUUGGCGGAACGAACGACGAGGCUGCCAGCAAAGAAAAAGAUCGAUCGGAGGAGGGAGACCUGGAAAAACCACUGAGCAGUGCUGUGGACAGAUUUCUGCUUCGCCCUGUUGACGACGCAGGGUUGGGUGGCUCUGUCGAAAAGGAGAUUCGCGGAGUGGAAGAUGGCAGCGAGGAGGCGGCCAAGGACGACAAAGAGCGAUCGGAGGAGGGGGACCUGGGUCGUCCGCGGAGCAGUGCUGCGGACAGAUCUCCACCUCGCCCUGUUGACAACGCAUUGUUGAGUGGCUCUGUCAGAAAGGAGAUCCGCGGAGUGGAAGAUGCCAGCAAGGAGGUGGCCAAGAAAGAGGAAGAGCGAUCAGAAGAGGGAGACCUGGGUCAACCACAGAGCAAUGCUGUGGACAGAACUCCGCCUCACCCUGUUGAUGACGCAUUGUUGAGUGGCUCCGUCGAAAAGGAGAUCCGUGGAGUGGAAGAUGGCAGCAAGGAGGCGGCCAAGGACGAUAAAACGCGAUCAGAAGAGGGAGACCUGGGUCGUCCGCUGAGCAAUGCUGCGGACAGAACUCUGCUUCGCCCUGUUGACGACGCAUUGUUGAGUGGCUCCAUCGAAAAGGAGAUCCGUGGAGUGGAAGAUGGCAACAAGGAGGCGGCCAAGGACGACGAAGAGCGAUCGGAGGAGGGAGACCUGGGUCGUCCGCUGAGCAAUGCUGCGGACAGAUCUCUGCCUCUACCUAUUGACGAUGCAGGUUUGGGUGGCUCCGUCAAAAAGGAGAUCCGCGGAGUGGAAAAUGGCAGCAAGGAGGUGGCCAAGGACGACGAAGAGCGAUCGGGGGAGGGAGACCUGGGUCGUCCGCUGAGCAAUGCUGCGGACAGAUCUCCGCCUCUACCUGUUGACGAUGCAGGUUUGGGUGGCUCCGUCAAAAAGGAGAUCCGCGGAGUGGAAAAUGGCAGCAAGGAGGUGGCCAAGGACGACGAAGAGCGAUCGGGGGCGGGAGACCUGGGUCGUCCGCUGAGCAACGCUGCGGACAGAACUCCGCCUCGUCCUCCGGUUCCUCCCAACGAAUCGGGGAGACGCUCUCGCCGAGGAACCAUCAGCAGCAGCGGCAGCAGCAGCGGCAGCAGCAGCGACAGCAGCAGCAGCAGCUCAAGUGACAGCAACGAUGACGUGCGCGCCAGGGGCAAGUCCCCCUCUCGAGGCUCACGGAGGAGGAACUCCGUCACGAGCGGCCGCAUCUCGGGGUCGUCCUCGGUACGCAACGGCGUCGUCCCCAAAAGGAACCGGGGCGACCCGCUCGCUCACUCAACAACGACGCCACCACCAGCACCAGCUGCUGCAGCACCAGCAGCUGGUGCCAUUCGUCACUAAGCGGAAGCGACGUCACCACGGCGCUUGUGCCAGGCUUGCUGCACUUCGAGGCCACCCACCCACUCACUAUUCACCCGUUCAUUCAUUUCCAAGCGACUCAAUAACUCACUCACUCAUUCACCCACUCGCUCAAUACUCACCCGUUCAUUCAUUUACUAGCGACUCAUUAACUUACCCAAUCACUCAUUCAUUCACCCACUCACUCACUCAUUCACCCACUCACUUACUGCUCACCUGUUCAUUAAUUUAUUUCCAAGUGACUCAAUAACUCACUCGCCCAUUCAUUCACUCACUCACUCAUUUACUCACUCAUUCACCCAACUACUCAUUCACUCACCCACUCACGCAUUCACCCACUCACUCAUUCACCUACUCACUACUCACCCGUUCAUUUAAUUCCAAGCAACUCAAUAACUCACUCAUUCACGCACCCACUCAUUCAUUCACUACUCACCUAUUCAUUCAUUUCCAUGCGAAACUCACCCACUCACUCACUACUCACCGUGCUAACCGCUGCACUACCGUUCCCCUACACACGAAACAAAGACGAAGAUCCCCCGUGUAGACUUAACAGACUGUUGGUGCAAGUGUUGUUAGCGAGCACCUAUGAAGGCCGGAACGGCACACGAGGGGGUGGGUGGCCAGUACCACGCUCAGCCGCCUUUGUCUCCCCAGUGGCGAUGUUUACACACCACACCAGGUACUAAUUUGAGGCUGAGUCGACCUAGAGGAUGCCCAGGACCGGUUCAAAUAAUCGUCACCGGUGUUGGACAUGAGUGGGAAUCGAACUCGGGUCGCCGGGUGCGUAGCGCAGCGUAGCACUAACCGCUCCACACACACACUGACACACACACACUGACACACACACACACACCCCGACAUACGCACACACACUGACCCACACUGACACACACACACACCCCGACACACGCACACACACACUGAAACACACACACUCCGACACACACACACUGACACACACACUGACACGCACACUGACACACACCGACACACACACUGACAGACACACACACACAGCCGACACACACACAUGCCCCGACACACGCACUCACACACUUUUAAUUGUAUUUCAUUUAGAAAAAAAUAUAUAUAAUAAUAAUAAUAAGAAUAAAUAAUAUGGCAUCUUUUUUUUUAAACCUUGAUUUAAGAUUUUAAAGGGUGAAGCAGAAAUACAAGAAGCAGCAAUUAUCUGAUCAACGAGCUCAAGUUGUUACGAACCUCAUUUCCUUUCCGCUCAUUGUUUUACUUUUUUUAAACUCUCCCAGCUUCUGAUUCGCUUCGGGAAUUGGUUGCGAUUGCCCCGAUGUUGCCGAUGAGGUUCAGCGACCGGCGAGGGCUUUUGUCGCAGGGUACGGCCUCGCGGGCGCUCCAUCUCCCCGUCGUUAUCCAGGGCGUUUGUGUUUCGAUGCAAGCAAAAGAUGUCCUGUGUGAGCCCGUACCGCGGGCGUGGAAUGUGAGCCCGUACCGUGGGUGUGGAGUGUGAGCCCGUACCAUGGGUGUCGAGUGUGAGCCCGUACCGUGGGUAUCGAGUGUGAGCCCGUACCAUGGGUGUGGAGUGUGAGCCCGUACCAUGGGUGUCGAGUGUGAGCCCGUACCAUGGGUGUUGAGUGUGAGCCCGUACCAUGGGUGUCGAGUGUGAGCCCGUACCGUGCCGCAUCAGGCGGAGGCGGCACAUGCAAGACACGGGGACUCCACUACCCGUUCCGUCUUGUACAGGGGAUAGCGUGUUUCUCCCUCGCACGUGUGGAUCGUUGGGCCGGUGGCACCUUGAUACGUAGAGGACCGCUCUCUCUCUCUCUAUCUGAGUUGUCCCUCCUCUCUCUCUCUGAGUCGUCCCCUCUCUUUUUCUCUCUCUCUCUCUCAUUCUCUCUCUCGCUGCGUUACGAGUUGACCUAAUUCAUUCACCACAACGGCAGCGCGCACGAGCUGUGACAGAUGGGACAGAUGGAGAUUGGGCCACACUCCCGCUGCACCACCUCCCGGCGAGCCACAGUAUGGCCUCCUCCUUCCUCCUCCCUUCUUCAUUCUGCUCCUCCCUCCUCCCUCCCUCCUCCCUAUCUCCUCCUCACUCCUCCUCCUCUCUUCUUCCUCCUGCCCCUCCCUCCUCCUCCCUCCUCCCUCCUCCUCUUCCCUCCUUCCUCUUCCUCCUUCCUCCUGCUCCUCCCUCCUCCUUCUCCCUCCUCCUUCCUUCCUCCUCCUCCCUCCUCCCCCCACUCCUCAUCCUCCGAGUUUCCCCCCUCCACGUUUCCGAUGGACAUCGCGCGGGUCUGGAUUAUUUGUCUGCUGCUGUAAAUGUCUCACGCACAGCGACCGAUGUUGGUGGUGACGACGACGACGAUGAUUGAUGAUUAUGAUGAUGAAGAUCAGCCGCCACUUCGUUGAGCUAUCCUUGGUGAUGGCCAAGGCAGGGCUGCUGAAAUAGAGCAGCGAAACACAGUGGGGGGCGGGGGGGGGGCUCACACGUGGUACAAUGAAAUACAAAAAUUUGUUUAAUAGUUCCCACUGAACGCGUCCACAGGAGCAAUCGCCUGGCUGUCCGUUCGUGAUGGACUCCGUGGGGACCCCCCCCCCCACACCCCC